AUGUUCAAGAUUCCAAAAGAAGAGGACAUUGAAGCCGUGCUGAAAGACUCCCAGGACGGCGAAAAGUACAUUGUCUCCAAUGUCGCCCGCCGUGUUCUCAACACAACUUCUCCGCUGAGUGAGGGCUUCACCAUUGCUUCCCAGUCUGUAUUCAAGAGCAGAGAAGAUCACGAUUUCUAUGAUCAAGAAUGUCCGGCUCAUAAGGAGCUCAAAAAAACGACAUCCAAAACAGCAACUGGAAAGAUGACGCUCGUGACUGAAGGAGAUUGGCCUGAGCCGGAGCUAUGA